GUUUGUUCGGCUAGGCGGGAGUUAACACCUGGCAGUCAGCGGUUCAACCUGAUCUCCAAGAGUGACAUUCGCUAUGUUGGAACCUUGCAUGAGAUCAACCCUGAAGCGUCCACAAUAGCUCUGGAGAAUGUCGUCUCUUUUGGAACUGAGGGCCGUCGAGGCAACCCAGCUGAGGAGAUCGCCCCGUCUGCCAGUGUUUAUGAAUACAUUGUCUUCCGGGGCAGCGACGUAAAAGACAUUAGCGUAGCGGAGGACAAGAAAGAAAAUGCACCAUCUGAACCUCCUCAGGUCCCUGAUGAUCCUGCCAUCCUAGGGUUCCAGGGCUUCUACCCUCCCUAUGGGCAGCGCUUUGGGGCUCCUGGUUUCCCUCCUGGGCCCGGAUUCCCUAAUAUGCCGUACGGAGCCCCUCCCCCAGGAUGGUACCCUCCCCCGGGUCAAGGAUUCCCUCAAGGACCAGGCCAGUUUCCCCCUCAUCAGAUGCCUAUUGGACCCCCUGGUCAACACCAGACCCCUCCGCCGCAGCGUCAGGGGGCGCCUGGUGCGGGCCCUGUAAACGUUCCUAAAGCCACCUCCGAGCUUCCCGUUGGUGAACGGCCCUCCAGUAAGCCCGCCAGCCGGAAUGCCACGCCUGCACCUGCUGCUGGUCAGAACCCUCCUCCACCCCCUGUUGAAUCGAAACCUUCCGUAAUGGAAGCCGUACAAGCCUCCAGUAUUCCCGCGACGGCGGCGGCGCUUCCGGUUACAUCCAAGAUACCACCCACCGGACCCAGGAGCGGACGUGUGCAGCCGGCCAUCCCGAUUGCUACGCACUCUAAGCCGCCAGUCCCAGCUGUAGGCCCUUACCCCGGUGCUGGUGUGGGAAACAAUGUGUCGCAAGGUACUGCUGCUCAGGCGGCCAUUACUGAAGCCACUCGGGCUGCCACUGCUGCUGUCGCGGCUGCCAUGGCUAAAUUGCCUCAACCCAGUGCACAGAAGGCUCCUGGUCAUGGCGAGGCGUCUGUGGACGGCAUGACAAAGCAGCUCGCUGAAAUGAAGCCUUACGAAGGAAGCCGAGCUCCUCGCGGCGGUCAUCCACACCCACGGGGCGGACGCGGUGGUCACCGCGCUCCUUAUCAGGGCCAGGCGAAGAAGGUUGAAGUUCCUGACACCGACUACGACUUCGAGACCGCCAAUGCCAAGUUCAACAAGCAGGACCUGGUGAAGGAAGCGAUUGCUACUGGCUCUCCGGUCCAUGAAGCCGAGGCUGCUUUCCCUGAAGGCGAGGACGAAUAUACCGAUAAGUCUAGCGCGGAUAAUGUCAACUCGUACAACCGGGCUACCUCCUUCUUUGACAACAUAUCGAGCGAGGCUCGCGAUCGGGAAGAGGGUACUGGUGCUCGUGCCGGCGGCCGUGAGUGGCGCGGUGAGGAGGAGAAGCGGAACAUUGAGACCUUUGGUCAGGGCAGCGUCGAUGGUUAUCGGGGCAGCUAUCGUGGCCGUGGCAGAGGAAGAGGCUAUGGCCGUGGCCGCGGAGGCUAUGGUCGUGGAUACAACUCUCGUGGCCGUGGCGGUCUUCGUGGUGGUCGCAAUGCCUCCCAGUCCACCGGAGUGCCUACGCAGAUCUAA